AUGGCCGCGCCAAGGACUCCCUUUUCCCAGCGUCUCGAUGACCCCUCCCACACGCACACGCUCAAACACUCCAACGGCGAAUUCGGCGAGCAAGUGUCUCCGCACACAAUGAGCGCCGCCGUGGACCAGGCUCACAUCCAGCUCAUCCAGCAGGUCCAGCACGAGCUUCGCACCCCCGUUCACGGCCUUCUCGGCCUCGUAGAGGACCUCCGCUCCGACAUCCGUUCCGCAGCCUUCCAGGACCAAGCCACGCGCAGAUCGCUCCUCGUCAAGACAGACUCGCUCGUCGGCCUCGCUGAGCGCCUCCAAAACGUCCUCGACGACUUUCGCGACUUUGCCGCCGAGACCAUCCAUGCGCGCGAGGCAGAGGAGGAUCACGAGGUGUUUCCCGAGCAGCCCGUCGACCUCGGCGACCUGCUCGAUUCCGUAGCUGCACAGGCUUGGAACGAACAGGUACGUCAGAUCCGCGCAGAGGACGGCGAGGACGCUCGCCUCCCACCACCACCCGAACUCAUCCUCCAGACCGACACCAGCCUGCGCGGAUGGAAGACGGUCGUAUCCACAAAGCUCGUCAAGAAGCUCGCGCGCAAACUCAUCUCCAACGCCCUCCGCUUCACCACCCAAGGCUUUGUCGAGGUGUCCCUCUCGCCCUCCGUCGUAUCCUCGCCCUCCAGCGAGCACGACAUGGCCUUCCCCUCCUCCUCGUCCUCGUCUCCCUCCGACACCGCACCUCCCGCCGCGGACCAGCACUUCGUCGAUCUCGUCGUCGAGGAUUCGGGCGAAGGCAUGACCGAACACUUUGUCUCCCAUCGCCUCUUCGAACCCUUUGUCAAGGCCGACAACUUCAAGGCGGGCGCCGGCCUCUCCGUCACGCUCUGCUCCACCAUCGUCCGUCGCAUGGGCGGAUCCAUGCACGUAUCCAGCGACAAGGGCAGAGGCACCAUCGUCACCGUCAAGAUCCCCGUACAGAGCCUGCCCCAACCUUCCGUCACACCCGCACCACCCUCGCAGUCCGACCAGCUCAUCUACCUCUACGGCUUCGAAGGCCCCGGCCUCCAACGUCUCGCCCAGGUCAUCUCGGCCCAGCUCGCCACCUUCGGCAACCUCUACUGCACCUCGCACAUCCAGGACGCCGACUUCCUCCUCUUGCCCGAGGAGGCCUGCUUCGAGGUCAGCGGCGGCAUCGACGCCAUCCUCGAGCAGACCAAGCCCGGCGUCAAGAUCGGUGUACUACAGGCGCAUGAAGAUGCAGGCAUCGAAUACGCCGCCUUCAAGAACGGCAGCCGAAGACCCACCUUUGUCACGCGCAAGCCGUUCGGUCCACGAUGCUUCGCCAAUCUCCUCCGCCUGGCUGAGCAAGACGGUCACCAAGAGACCAGAACCACCUCGGAAGCCGUGAGGGAAGAGCACGGUCACCUUGGCUACACGGCGCCUCCAGAUCCAAACGACCCAUCCAAGCGGCUACCGGAAGGCUCGGGCACGUCGGCAGAAGCCUCCUCCGAUCCAGACAACGACGACCUGCAACCAGAUCGAAUGGCCCACGUUGCCCACCAGGAGAAGCGCAAUCGCGAGCGGGGCUCCUCGCUGCCCAGCGGCGACAAGUUGGCCGACCUCGUAGUGAGUCCUGACGCCAUGGACCAAGUCCUGCGUGCGCCGCAUCCUAAGCCACGCAUCGAGCCGCCUCCGACGCCCCCGCCCGUCGCCGUUGCCGCCACGUCUCGCCCAGACUCGGCAUCGCUUAAAUCCAAGCCCAAGUUCAGCGUGCUUUGCUGCGAAGACAAUCCGCUCAACAUGCGCAUUCUCACCACCAUGCUGCGCCAAAGCAAGAUCGAGUUUCACGAAGCGGUCGACGGUGUCGAGGCAGUCGAGCAGUUCAAAAAGCACCUUCCCGCCGUCACGCUUCUCGACAUCAACAUGCCGCGCAUGAUGGGCUUCGAAGCAUGCGAACUCAUGCGAAAGCACGUAGCCGAACAACUCACUGCCGAGGAGCGCGAGCAGAGGAUGUUCAAGAUCGUCGCCGUCACCGCGCUCUCGGACCGCUUCCAUCAGCAGAAGGGUCUCGAAUGCGGCAUGGACGCCUGGUUCUCAAAGCCUCUCAAGAUGCGCCAGCUGAAAGACGACCUCGCGAGCUGGAAGUCUAGCUUUGAAGACAUGGCCCUCCCGUCGGCACCAGCCGAUGCCUAG